GGAGGCAAGGGCGUGUUAUUGUCUAGACUCCAGAGGAAGCUGUCAAGUUUCUCUUUCAAAGCAGUAUCGGCUCAAUCACCUACAACACCUCAGUGUGGGGUGAAUGAGAAGCGCACACGGGACAAUAACGUCACUGCUCUCUGACUGUUGCUCCUUUAAAUAUUGCAUAACGCGAGAUGCUGCUAUGCGAACGACCAGCUGAUAUUUCAUAGCUAACGGCGGCCUGAUGGAGGGGACGAUUGCGGAUCUGAAAACAUCUUAGCACCGCAAAUCGGACACGGAAGGGAUCAAGCUAUCCAGACGACAUUUCACCAGCGGUUUGCUCUGCAUUGCAGAACGAGGGUUUUUUUUUGCGUAUAAAGGAGUAAACUGAGAGGAUGGCAGGCCCUGAUUCCCCGCAGCAGGUUGAAGAGAGCGCCGAGCAGAUCGAUGACGCCGAGCUGGCGUUUCAAGGCAUCAAUAUGCUUCUCAAUAAUGGCUUCAAAGAAAGCGACGAGCUCUUCAAGAGAUACAGGACCCACAGUCCUCUGAUGAGCUUCGGUGCCAGUUUUGUCAGCUUCCUGAACGCCAUGAUGACGUUUGAGGAGGAAAAAAUGCAGAUGGCCAGCGAUGACCUGAGGACUACUGAAAAACUUUGCGAGAGCGAAAACACCGGCGUCAUCGAGACCAUCCGCAACAAAAUCAAGAAGAGCAUGGACUCACAGAGAUCUGUGGCUAUUGUGGAUCGUCUUCAGAGACAGAUCAUCGUGGCUGACUGCCAGGUUUAUCUCGCCGUGCUGUCCUUCGUCAAACAGGAACUCUCAGCAUACAUCAAAGGAGGCUGGAUCCUCCGUAAGGCCUGGAAAAUGUACAACAAAUGCUACAGCGACAUCAGCCAACUGCAGGAAGCCUGCCGGAGACGGUCCUCCGACCAGGAGGGGGCGCUGGCCUCUGAUCAAGCCAAUCAAAACACAUCAACCGAAAGUGGCGGCCGGGUAACCGAAGAGGUUCUGGAUCGCCUGAAGGGUUCCGUCAGCUUUGGCUAUGGGCUCUUUCACUUGUGUAUUUCGAUGGUGCCUCCUCACCUGCUCAAAAUUGUCAACCUACUGGGCUUCCCUGGAGACCGUCACCAAGGUCUUGCCUCCUUAGCAUACGCCAGCGAGAGCAAAGAUAUGAAAGCACCACUCGCCACUUUGGCUCUCUUGUGGUACCACACUGUAGUGCAGCCCUUCUUUGCCCUGGACGGCUCUGAUUCGCGCGCGGGGCUCCUGGAGGCUAAAGCCAUUCUGCAGAAGAAGGCAAUGGUCUACCCAAACUCCUCUCUCUUCAUCUUCUUCAGGGGACGGGUGCAGAGAUUAGAGUGCCAAAUCAACAGUGCGCUGGCGUCAUUUCAGGAUGCUUUGGAGUUCGCCUCAGACCAAAGAGAGAUUCAACACGUGUGCCUCUAUGAAAUCGGCUGGUGCAGCAUGAUAGAGAUGAACUUUGAAGAUGCCUUCAGGUCUUUUGAGCGACUGAAGAAUGAAUCCCGAUGGUCGCAGUGUUACUAUGCUUACCUCACUGGAGUAUGUCAGGGGGCUUCUGGUGAUCUAGAGGGAGCCAAAGCUGUUUUUCGAGAUGUCCAGAAGCUUUUUAAACGCAAGAACAAUCAGAUUGAGCAGUUUGCACUGAAAAGAGCAGAGAAACUGAGGAAAGUCCCGCUUACUCGAGAGCUUUGCAUUCUGGGUAUUGUGGAGGUGCUAUACUUAUGGAAAGCUCUUCCAAACUGCUCUUCCUCCAAACUCCAGCUUAUGAACCAAGUGCUACAGGGACUGGAUGACCCCUCAAGCCUGGGCCUAAAACACCUGCUGCUUGGUGCUAUCCAGAAAUGUCUUGGAAAUAUUAAAGAUGCUGUUCAGUCGUUCCAGCUGGCAGCGCAGGAUGAAUACGGCCGUCUGAAUAACAGUUACGUGCAGCCAUAUUCCUGCUACGAGCUGGGCUGCGUGUUACUGGCUAAACCUGAGACUCUAAGUAAGGGAAGAUCAUUACUGCUUCAGGCCAAGGAGAACUACACCGGGUACGACUUUGAGAACAGACUGCAUGUUCGUAUCCAUUCUGCCCUCGCCUCCAUAAAGGAAGUGGUGCCUCACUGACCCAGUCCGACCUCCAAGUACACCAUAUUUUGACCACUCCUGUCCAGCACUUUUCGAAACGAAAGCCAUUUAAAGUAAUGCUUUUCUGGAGGGAGAAACCAAAAGUCAGUGGACUUCAGCUGACAGAGGACGUGUUCGCCAAUAUUUUUCCGCCUAGUAUUGAAUCACUGUUCAUGUAGCUGUUAAUCCCAAUGAUCUCGAAUUUUCACGUUCACGUUUACACCCACAUCAUAGUGCAGAUACACAGAUUUUAUGUGUUCAGGAUUGA